CAAUGUCGACACGCAAGUUCCUCAAACUCCGGCUUAGCUCCCGCUGGAGCCCGGGCUGUGUCGUCAAUCUCGAUGCCUGCGCGCCAUAUCUUUCCUAAUCAAUGGCGAUCAUUUGAACUGAUGAGGAAAUGAGGAUGCAAGCCUGCUUGAUGACGUGCCAAGAGAAGACUCACUCCGCUCAAAGAUCCAGACCGCGCGUUGUGAAAUCUCGUAAAAUCGACAUUUCCUGUCCUUCGGAGUUUGCAGCUUUGCUCGUGUCAACAACGCUAGGAAGGUCGUUUCUCAGGCCUCGCGGUCGUGGGCUCACAUACAGAUAUCUGACCGCUAAUGGACGAUUCGUCGUCAUCCUCUCCGCUCGCCAACAUGGAUUCAUGUAUAAAGCUCCGUACUAUGCGUCUCUAGUAGGAUCACAUUACCUAUCUCUCGGCGGUGUGCCUGUUUGCUUCCUCGAUAGUUCCAGUACCGUGACAUGGCACUUACUGCUUGAUGAGACAGGUUCGCCCUAUCUCUCUUGGAACCUGGGUGCCUUGCCUGUCAUGACCAGCCCCUCGCUCUAGGUUCCUGUUCCUAAAGCAGCCCACGCUUUUUGAGCUUGCAUAUUGAAAACUCACCCAUAUCUGUGCUAUCAAGCGCCCUCUACU